CAGUUGUGCGUCAGUGCGGGGUGCCUACCCGAGAGUGCUGGCUGUGUUCUAGAAUUUCUAGACUAAAUACCAACAAUUUUUUUAAUGCCAUCUUGUGUUGUAAGCACCUGUAGAAAUAAUUCAAUGAAACAACAGAAAGCGGGCGGUAUAACGUACCACAAAUUCCCAAACGAUAACUUUAUUAAAUACAAGUGGAUACAAAUAAUUAGAAUAAGCAGAAAAGAUACAGCAUGGCUACCAGCGAGAGGCAGCGUAGUCUGCUCUUUGCAUUUCGCAGAUAAAGAUUUGUAUAUAACAAAAGCCGGAUUGCGUCGCAUAGUCAAGUAUGGAAUACCGAAAAAGAUUUUAAUCGACCGCAACAGUGAUAUAUGGAAGGAAGACGCAAAAGUGUGCCAACUGUCCACAGUGCGCUUAGUCCCUAACUCAAAUAACGUCUCUGACGACCACGACAGCGACGAGGAUACUAAAGAAUUGGUGAUAUCUCAUGAAAACGAGACUGCGCUUACAGCAUCAGAAACCGAAGAUGAACUUGAAGACAUAAAAUCUAAUAUUAAUAUAGAUUAUAACAAGCACAUAGAGUCUAUAAUUGUCACCUUGUCACCAGACGAGGCAUCGUACAGUGUAACCCGCGACAACAGAGACAAAGAAGUAGAAUGCGUAUUUGAUAGCUCAGAAACCAACGAAUUGAGAAUGAAACUGAAGAAACAGAUACAAAAGUCAAAAGUCAACAGGAAGAAGAUGAAAGUGCUGAACCAAAGGAUACGACGGCUGGCGAGGAAGAAUGCAAAAUUGGUGAAUGUUAUUAGAGAAUUACGGGGGAAGUUAAACGGGAUUGGUGCGAUUUAAUU